AUGUCCGAGGACUUCGGCGACGACGCGUCCGAUCGCGGGUCCGUCGCGAAGACGUCGGCGAGCGUCCCGAGCGCCUCCGGCGGCCGCUCCGUGGAGAAGCUGCGGCCCGAGGCGCCCGUCGUGCUCGAGGCGUCGACGGCCAUAUCCGACGUCUGCAAGGCCAUGGCCGCGAAGCGGACGGACUGCGCGCUGCUCACGUCCGCGGUCGGCACGCUCGCGGGCAUCGUCACGGACAACGACGUCGCCCGCAAGGCCGUCGCCGAGGGGCUCGACCUCGCGGCGACGCCCGUGGAGCGCAUCAUGACGCGGGGCCCGACGUGCGUCCGCGCCGGCGACGGCGCCAUCGACGCGCUCCGCUCGAUGGUGUCGAACCACUUCCGGCACCUGCCCGUGCUCGGCGACACGGGCGCCAUCGUCGGCGUGCUCAACAUCCACCGCUGCCUCUACGAGGCCAUCGAGAAGAUCGAGAAGCUCGAGGCGUCGGCCAAGGGGUCGGACGUCGCCGAGUCGAUGCUCAGGGCGCUCGCGAAGCGCAAGGGCGCGAACCCGAAGCAGCUCGCGAAGCUCGUGGGGCCUUUGAUGGAGUCGCUCGCCGGGUCGUCGGCGAAGACGCUCCGGUCCGUGCUCGACGACGGGCGGACGGACUGCCUCGUGGACGCGGCCGCGUCCGUGCGCGACGCGGCGCGGACCAUCGCGUCGACGCGCCGCGCCGUCCUCGCCACGGCCGACGGGGGGCUCGCGGGCAUCCUGACGCCCAAGGACGUGCUGAACCGCGUCGUCGCCAGGGACGCGGCGACGUCGACGCCGCUCGCGGCCGUCAUGACGCCGAACCCGGACACGAUCGCCCUCGACGCGACGCUGCUGGAGGCGCUCCACAUGAUGCAC